AUGAGCUACCGUAGAACGACAUUGUUUGUUGCUGGAUUUGGGUCUCAAGUUCGUGCUAGAGAUUUGGCAUACGAGUUUGAGCGAUAUGGAAGACUCGUUCGUUGUGAUAUCCCUGCUCCUCGAAGUUAUCAAUCAAAGCCAUAUGCUUUUGUUGAGUUCGAAGACGAGCGUGAUGCGGAAGAUGCUUACUAUGAAAUGCAUGGUCGUCGAAUCUAUGGACAUGCCCUGAAUAUUCAGUGGGCAAAAAAUGCACCCUCUCGUUCUUGGCGGUAUGAGGGCAGCCGAGGAUCUCCUCGUCGUCGUCGCUCCGCGACCCCAAGGUCUCGAAGGCGCAAAUCAUAUUCUCGCUCUCGUUCCAGCUCUCGAGGCCGUAGUCGUUCUCCUCGUUCUGAAAACCGUCGUGGCAGUCGCUCUCGAUCGAGGACAUCUGAUCGGGCGAAUUUAGAAGAUCGUACUGCGGAGCCUAGCGCUAGGAGAUCCAAAUCUCCUUCCUCAAGAGAUGGCAAACGCAGGGAUUCUCGCUCACGCUCUCGCGACGUUGGAAGAGAAAGAAGCCCAAGAGAAAGAAGCCCAAGAGAAAGAAGUCCAAGAGAUAGAAGUCCAAGAGAUAGAAGUCCAAGAGAUAGAAGUCCAAGAGAUAGAAGUCCCAGGGAAAGUCCAGGAGACAGAGGUUCAAGAGAGAGAGGUUCAAGGGAAAGAAGCCCAGAAGCAGACAUAAGUCCUCGAGCCAGAUCUACAUCGCCUAAACCCCGUGCAGCUUCUACAUCUCCAUCUAGUACUCCGCAUAGAUCUCAAUCAAGGAGCCCUCCACAUGAUUGA